UGGUAUGUGUGUAUAUUUGGGAGAAACUCGGGAUAUUCUAUAAAUCCGUCGUGGUCAUUCAUCUAUCUGUAAUUAAUGCUCAAUACUCAAUACUCCAUACUCACAAAUGAUUCAAAGAUAGAGACUAGGUUCAUACAACAGCCCAGUAAUACACAAAAUAAAUACUAGGGACAGGCAACUACAACCACAAGUUCAAAUCCAAAUCCAAGUAAAUCGGUCAGUCAGUCAGUCAGUCAGUCAUUCAGCCGCUCCUCGGAGGGAAGUGAGGGGGAUUUCCAACCACACCUAGCUACCUACACACCUUAAAUAAAUGCAGAUGCAGAUAAUUCCCAAAAUCCAAUCCAAUAACCAUCUCUUAAAUAAGCCCAUGCCCAUUCCUGCUGACAAUACACCUGCUUGAUUUCUUUCCCUGUCUUUCCUGCCUACGACUACUUCCUUUCUUCUUUCUUUUCUUACUUCUCUUAAUAUACUGUCUAGGUAUCCAGCAUCCAGUAUCUCAGUCCAAACUUCAAAAUCACACAGUGGGAUAUCCCACCUACUGAGAAUCCCCAAACGAAAAGCUCUAUUUGAAGCUUGAAGGACAAAGCAAGAACUAGACCCGUCUUGAAAAAGCUUAUCGCACCAUUUCAUCCCAUCUCAACGUCGCAAUCAAUAUAUCCCAACCCCUCGGUCGCUUGCUUCAUCGCGGGGUCAGACCGAUCGACCAACCAACCAACCAACUAAGUAGCCUAUCUAUCCAAAUUCAAAUCACUCUCGAAAACUGCAUUGCAUAUAUAGCGACUUACUUUUUCGAGUAUUGUCUCCCUAUCAAGAGAAUUCUCUUUUCUUUUCUUUUAACUCCAAUUUCUCUUCUCUUUUCUUAAAUAAAUAAAUAAAAAAGAGAGAAAGUACCCCAAAAAUAAUGGCCCGCCACUACUACGACGACGAAGAACUCGACAUUCACAUCUCCCGCGAAACACGGCCCCGCGACCCCUCCGCCCCCAUCCCCUACCGACGUCCACAAUACCCACCCGUCCCCGCCUACCGCUACGGCACGACCACCUAUCUCACUCCCGAGAUCUCCUCUGGAAUCCGCCGCUCCAGAUCAACCGGCCAUCGGGAACGCUCUCCCAUUCCUCCUCCUCCCCCCGUCGUCCCCGCUCCCAUCGCUCAACCCAUCAUCGUCGAUAAUUCCCGCCGCAUCUACAACGACUAUGACAGUGACAGCGACUCCUCAUCCGCGUACGAAUCGCGACGCGCGCGCGGUCGCUUAAGCGUGGGGGAAGUAGGAGGACGUCGAAAAUAUCACAGUCGCAGCCACAGUCGUCAUGUGAGUCUUUCGCACAGUCAUAGUCCGUCGUCCUCUGGCCGACCGAGCUUCACGCGCGAUGAUUUUGAACUGGAGAGGACGCGCGCGGAGCUCGAGAGGAUUAGGUUGGAGAAGGAGAGGGAGCGCAGUGAGAGAUUGGUACGGGAUGGGGGGGAGUUGGCGAGAUAUAGAGCGGAGAGUGAAAGGGAGAGAAACGAGAGGUUAUUGAGAGAAGAUGUGGAGCUACGCGUGACGAAAGGAGAACUAGAGCGCAUUCGCUCGGAGAAAGAGAUGGAGAAGAAAGAACGCAUGUUACGGGAAGAAUUCGAAUUGCUUUCUCUCAAGGAGGAGAAGAAGCGCGUGGAGAAGGAGAAGCGCACGCAGGAAGAGAGGGAGCGGGCGGAUAAGGAAAUUCGAGAUACAUACGAGCGUAUGAAGCGAAUGGAACAGGAGCGACACGCGCGCGAGAAAAAAGAACGCGAUGAAGCUAUUGAGAAGUAUAAGCGGGAAGAAGCUGAGAAGGCGGCUCGCGAACGCAAAGAACGUGAAGAGAUUAUCGAGAAGUUUAAGAAGCAGGAAGCGGAUCGUUUGGCUCGUGAGAGACACGAGAGGGAAGAGAGAGAAAAGGAAUACCAGAGACGUCUGCAUGAAGAUCUGCAUAAAGCGGGUUUGAACGAACAGCAAAUCGGAGCGGUGAAAGCGGGGAAGGCUCUCCCGCCUCCACAAGUCCAGAUGCCUCCGCCGCCACCAGUUCAACAUCAACAUCCUCCGCAAUAUCAAAUCCAACCUGCGGCUCCGAGACCAACGUAUACGAGAAUGUCGAGGAAACAUUUGUCGAUUGAGACUUUGAGGGUUUAUGGAAUUUCGUAUGAAUUUGAUAAAGAGGACCCCGAAUUCCUUCUCAUCAAACGCUGGGUUCCCGAAGACGAACAAGACAUCCUCUGGACCCACACCCGUCAACUGCGCGAAACACGUGCUCCACCCCACACCCACAAUCAACAACACACCAUCGAGUACGUUAAAGAAUAUGUCGUUGAAGAUCGCCACAAGAAGAAACAUCAUCACAAGGGUGAUGACUUGCAAUUGGUGAUCGAGAGGAAGCAUAAGCAUAGUCAUAGUCAUAGUGGGAGUAGGAGUCCGAGCCCUUUUGUUAGGUGGGCGGCUGGGAGGUAAGAUGGAAGGGGAGGGAAAUGUGAAGGGGGUGUGGAAUAAGAAAUGGACGGCGUGAUGCUUGGAUGAAGAAUGAUGAAGAAAGAUGAUUGAUGAAUACAUGGAGUGGAUUGGUUAAUGAGUCCGUUUUGCUUUCACGAUUUUCUUGAACUUUUUUUCUCAGAUGAACUCUCAUCUCUUUUUUAUAUGUUAUGUACUGAGCUUCAAUACCCACGACAUGAUCGUUAACAACGAUAAUUUCUUCCCUAUAAUAAAAAACAAUCAAGC